GAUCGGCCUUGACGGGAGCUCGACUAGUUGUUUGUGGGAUCUGCGGGGAGAGGAUGAAGGGCGACCCUGACGCGCCCUCAGCCCCGGCUUAUUCUAUCCCGCAGGACGAGGAGACUGGAUGCAUCAGGGGCAGUUCAGACGGUGGCAGGAGCUCGGGAGAGGCCUCGACCAGCGGCCAGUCAAGCGGUCAUCAUUCGCCAUCCCAGGACUUCAGGCUCGCAGCAGUGCGCCCUGGACAUGAUCAAGGCGAUGAAGGCCUGUACAAAGAUCUUUUAAGGAAGGCGCAUGGGGAUGAGCAGCUGGCCAAGAGGUGGCUCAGUGCCAUCUGUGGCCACGGCAAUGAGGGCACCUCCGACCUCAUUGCUGCUGCAAGGGUGGUCAGCUUCAGCAAGGGAGACCUGGACACAGCAGCGCUGGAGGCAGGCGCCCCUGAGGCCUUCUUCUGCCCCAUCUCCUUCAAGAUGUUCAGGGACCCCGUCAUGCUCUCCACUGGCCAGACGUACGAGCGGCGCUACAUAGAGCGCUGGCUGGCGGGCGGCAGCAGCACAUGCCCGGCCACCGGCACAGUGCUGGCGGCACCUGUCGCCCUGACGCCUAAUGUGGCCCUGCGCAAGUCCAUCGAGGUCUGGGCCGAGAAGCACGCCACCUGGCUGCUGGGCGCCGGCGGCAAGGUGAAGCCGAUACCGGAGGAGGAGGAUUUUGCGCGUCCGCGGCGCGGCGGCGGCUCAGACGCUGACCUGGCGCUGGCCAUCCGACUGCAGGAGGAGGAGAUGCUGACGGAGCACGGCAGGAACGCCGCCGUACGUGCAGACAGGCGGCAACGGCGGCGGCGGUGCUCGCUGCUGGCAGCGCUGCUGUACUGCCUGACGGCCGGCCAGGUGGCGACCUUUGUGCUAGCGCUGUGGCAGAACGACUGGCAGAUUGAGGCGCUGGCGCAAAACCCCCUGGUGGGCCCCUCCGAGGCCGCGCUUCGCGCGCUGGGCUCGCUGUCCACGUCAGACAUCGUCGACCGGCGCCAGUACUGGCGCCUGAUCACCUCCAUCUUCCUGUGCUCCGGCAUCAUUGAGCUUGUUUUGGCGGUGAUGACGCUGUGGGCAUUCGGAGUACACGUGUCACGUGCGCUGCGAUUCUCGGCUGUCAGCGUGGCUGCGCUUUAUAUCCUGCCGGGCAUCGUUGGCGCAUUAGUCAGCGUCAACCUGUCCACUGAUGUUCCCUCCGUCGGCGCGCCCGCCGCCGUUUGCGGCCUCAUCGGUGCCGCGCUGGCGGACCAGAUAGUGGGCAGCAAGGCAUACAGGAACCACGCGUGCACGCUCAUCAUGCUUGCGGUUGCCAUAGCCCAAUUCACCAUCACCGGCCUCCUGCCACUCUCCUCAGACCUCUUCUUCAUCGUGGGUUCCAUGGUGGCAGGUGCUCUGGUGAUGUGCCUGCUGCCAUCAGUGGAGGCAGUGCAGCGGCCCCUGAUCUGGAGGCCUUUCCAGGCGGUGUGUGCGCUGUGCCUGAGCGCCAUCAUUGCCACGUGCAUCGUCUCCUGCGUUAACACAAAAUGGUGGACCUGCACGACCGAUGCUUCGCGCGCCGCUUCCUCCUGCGCAUUCGCUCCCCUCAGCAAUGGCACUGCUCGCAUCGACUGCGUCUCGGGGGUCACUCAGGUAGUUAGCACACCCUACACGUCAGCGCCGCAAGGGUCAAAGCUCGGGGAGAUAUGCAGGAGCGUCUGCAUGCAGGGCCACAGCGCAUCGGCCGGUCCUUCGCAGUCGCCGCCUCCCGCGCAGGCCAGCCUGCUAAUCUGA